AUGACAACUACCUAUAUAACCUACUAACUCCUCUCCCUCCUUAGCUAUUCACAGGUUCGGUUCUUGCACUCUUUCUAGUGUUUCAUUUCGACAAUCCUCAUCUGUACUGGCUCAGACAUGACGUCCACAAUGAGUGUCACUCUACAAAACACGGACUCGAUGUCCAUCGAAUUGGCAUCGAGUCCACCAAAUCUGAAAAACGAAUAUAACAUAGCAAAUGGUAACCGUACCAUUGAAAGCAAUAACUCCGAAACAUCAGUUACGCAAGUAUCAAAUUCAGAAAACGAGACCCCAGAGAUUCACCACAAAGUAUCCAAAGUCAAAGGCAUUGCAGUCAUCAUCACCCUCAGCGGAGUCAGCUUCCUAAACACCAUGGGCUCCGGCAUCCUCAUCGCCGCACUCCCCCAAAUCGCCCGCGACGUCGGCAUCUCCGAAGCCCUGAUUCUCUGGCCAGCAGCGGUCUACGCCCUCGCCGCAGGCUGCCUCCUUCUCAUAUUCGGCGCCAUUGCCGAUGUCGUCGGCGCGAAGCUGAUGUGGGUAACGGGCAGUUUUCUCUAUGUCGCUUUCACGAUCGGGGUCGGAUUCGCCCAAACCAGCCUUCAAAUCAUUCUCUUUCGCACAUUCCUGGGCAUCGCCAUCUCCAUGUGCCUACCCACCGCCGUCAGCCUCAUCACCAACACGUUUCCCCGGGGCACAUGGCGCAACACGGCCUUCGCCAUGAACGGCAUGGGCCAGCCCCUAGGCUACGCCCUGGGCCUGGUCCUCGGCGGAAUCUUCACCGACACCAUCGGCUGGCGAUGGGCUUACUACAUGAUGGCCAUCAUCAACUUCUGCCUCUCCAUGGCGUCCAUCUGGUCCUUGCCGUCGGUGCAUCACCCCUCCCAGAAGACAUGGCAUCGUCGCUUACUCGAGGACAUCGACUGGGUCGGCGCCGUCCUCAUGAGCGCAGCGCUCGGUCUCCUCAUGUAUGUACUCGCGAUGACGAGCUCGUCCUACCAGCGCGUUCGCGACGUCCAGAGCAUCGUCUGUCUCGUCGUCUCCGGCGUCUUGCUUGCUGCUUUCCCGCUGUGGAUGAACUACCAGUCACGGAGGGACCGGCCGGCGUUGAUCCCAAACCGCCUCUGGCGUAAUGCGCCCUUUACUUCGAUCUGUAUCUCGGUGUUUUUCUGCUGGGCUUCGCUGAAUGGGAUUGAGUAUUUUACGACGCUUUACUUCCAACAAGUCCAAGGCCUCUCGGCCCUGCAAAGCUCCAUCCGCUUCCUUCCCCACGUCAUCAUGGGCGUGGCCGUCAACAUCGCAACCGCAUUUCUCAUCUCCCGCGUGAAAGUCCAGACCCUCGCCGUGGGAUCGGCCCUCGUCACCGUCAUCGCCCCGGUCCUGAUGGCCACGGUGAAGGUCGACGAGAAGUUCUGGCUUGCGCCGUUCUGGGCGCUUUUCCUAUCCCCUGUCAAUCCGGACGUCCUCUUCACCGUCUCCAACAUCAUAAUCUCCGACUCCUUCCCGCCCGAAAUCCAAUCCCUCGCCGGCGGCGUCUUCAACGAAGUCUCGCAGUUCGGAAACUCAGUCGGUCUUGCCGUCACGGCGGCCAUCGCGGCUUCGAUCACGGAGCAUACGCAUCUGCAGCCGGGGUUGGGGUCAGCGUCAGCAGACGCGGAGGCGCACAAGUUGGCGCUGAUGGAGGGAUACAGGGGUGCGUUUUGGACGGUGUUUGCUAGCGCCAGCGUCGUCGUGGGGGUCUUGUUCUGGGGACUCAGAGGGGGUGGGUUGGUUGGGAAGAAG